AUGUCGGCCUUCAGCAUCCGCGCGUCAUGGGACUCGUCGGCACCGCCUGCACUUCUGCCUGUACCUCACCAGCCAGGCCAGCCCUUCAAAUUCACUGUGUCAGAGUCAUGUGACCGCAUCAAGGAGGAGUUUCAGUUCCUACAGGCUCAGUUUCACAGUCUGAAACUGGAGUGUGAGAAACUGUCCAGUGAGAAGACAGAGAUGCAGAGACACUAUGUUAUGUACUAUGAGAUGUCUUAUGGACUCAACAUUGAGAUGCACAAACAGGCGGAGAUGGUGAAGCGACUGAAUGCUAUCUGUGCCCAAGUCAUCCCGUUCCUUUCACUAGAGCACCAGCAGCAGGUGGUCCAGGCGGUGGAAAGAGCAAAACAGGUCACCAUGGCUGAACUAAACUCUAUCAUCGGGAGUGGUAAUGACAAUGGUGUGUGUGUAUUCAGCAGCAGCAGCUCCAUGCCCAGCACCUAUGUCAUGGCCCUGCCCUCCCAGUGCCCCUCAUGA